UAAUCAGCCACUCAGACUCGCGGAGCAGCGGGUAGAGGCGGACACGCGGCGGAGCGGAGACAGAGCAGAGACAGAGGAGGGAGCCGCUCUGGGAACAUCUGGAGGAGAACCGCCGACUGGAGGACGGAUCCGCAGCAGAAGAAACACGGAACUAGAUCUCUUCACAUCGAGACGGAGCUCGUUCCCCGCCGAGACCGGACGCAUAGGGCUUGCGCGUGUGUGGGUGUGUUAGUGUGUGUGCGUGUUUGUGUGUGUGUUGGGGGUCUCCGGGAAGCCGCUCGUUGGAUGAGGGAACUGUGGACGUAGCGUCUCUUCUACCUUCUACUCCUGCAUCGGCUCUCAGAGGACGCGGCGAUGGGCUGCACGCUGAGCACCGAGGACAAGGCAGCCGUGGAGCGGAGCAAGAUGAUCGACAGGAACCUUCGGGACGACGGAGAGAAGGCGGCGCGGGAGGUCAAGCUGCUACUGCUCGGGGCCGGCGAAUCAGGGAAGAGUACCAUCGUGAAGCAGAUGAAGAUCAUCCACGAGGCGGGCUACUCAGAAGAGGAGUGUAAGCAGUACAAGGCGGUGGUCUACAGCAACACCAUCCAGUCCAUCAUCGCCAUCAUCAGAGCCAUGGGCCGCCUGAAGAUCGACUUCGGAGACUCCAUCAGAGCUGACGAUGCGCGGCAGCUCUUCGUCCUGGCCGGCUCGGCGGAGGAGGGCUUCAUGACGCCGGAGCUGGCCGGCGUGAUGAAGAGGCUCUGGAAGGACGGCGGCGUCACAGCGUGCUUCGGCCGCUCCCGGGAGUACCAGCUCAACGACUCCGCCGCCUACUAUCUGAACGAUCUGGACAGGAUAUCUCAGGCCACCUACAUCCCUACCCAGCAGGACGUACUGAGGACCCGAGUGAAGACCACGGGCAUCGUAGAGACCCACUUCACCUUCAAGGACCUGCACUUCAAGAUGUUUGACGUGGGCGGGCAGCGGUCGGAGCGGAAGAAGUGGAUCCACUGCUUCGAGGGCGUGACCGCCAUCAUCUUCUGCGUGGCGCUCAGCGACUACGACCUGGUGCUGGCGGAGGACGAGGAGAUGAACCGGAUGCACGAGAGCAUGAAGCUGUUUGACUCCAUCUGCAACAACAAGUGGUUCACGGACACCUCCAUCAUCCUGUUCCUCAACAAGAAGGACCUGUUUGAGGAGAAGAUCAGGAGGAGCCCCCUCACAAUCUGCUACCCAGAAUACGCCGGCUCCAACACGUACGAGGAGGCGGCGGCCUACAUCCAGUGUCAGUUCGAGGACCUGAACAAGAGGAAGGACACAAAGGAGAUCUACACCCACUUCACCUGCGCCACCGACACCAAGAACGUCCAGUUUGUGUUUGACGCUGUCACCGACGUCAUCAUCAAGAACAACCUCAAGGACUGUGGCCUCUUCUGAGCCGGUGUAAAGUCCACCGUGGAGUGGAGGGUGAAGGAGGAUGCUGGAGGAGGAGGAGGAGGGUGAUGGAGGAGGAGGAGGAGGAGGAGGAGGAGGAGGGGUGAUGGAGAGUGAUGGAGGAGGACGGAGGGUGAUGUCCCUGACCAGUGCUGUAUACUAUACGCCACUUUUAACUGCUUUUUAUUUAUCUUUUGUUGGUUUGUAAUUUUUUUUUUUGCGGCAACAUUUUGAACUAAUGUUAAGAAGUUUGUGUACCGAUGUUUGUAUCAUUGUAAAAAAAACUAAAAAAACAACGCAGCUUCACAAAUGUCUUCUUCUCCGUUUGUUUCAAUUGUUUGUAAAAGUACGGAGCUCGCGUUUAACAGCUCCCCUCUGGAAACUCGCUUAAUGUGGGGUAGACCUGUUGGGCCUGGUCUUGGUGUCUCCUGGUUCCCAGUGGUCCUGGUUCUACUGGGUCUCAGUGGUCCUGGUUUCUACUGGGUCUCAGUCCACACCUGUCCUGGUGCUGGGUUCUACUGGGUCUCAGUCCACAUGCUUGUUCUUUGCCUGCUGAAAUGUCCCCGACAUCAAAAACAAGUUUUUAAAAUGUUAAGAAUAAAUGUGUGUAGCUGCUGUCUCUGUUGUGUCACCAGAGGGGGAGGGGCUACCUUAAGAUACAGGGGUUGCUAUGGUGACAAACAUCUGCCAUAACUACAGGAAGUCCCACGUGGGAAACGUCUUAUCAUUAUCGUUGCAUGUCGGGUGUUUUCAGUAUUCCUUAUUACUAUAUUGUUGAUUUAACGGUGCAGAAUACAUCCAUUUCCUCUCCCGUUUUUCAUUGACGAUGGUUUUGACUCUUGACCUUCAGGGUCAGCCUGUGCCUGUGUUUAAAGUGGAGAAGCAGAGGUGAGAACAGGACUGACCCUCUGUAAAGAUGAAAACGUAGAGUAUCCUCACCACAGUCAUUCACAUGGGACAUUUUACAUCGUGCAAAUACGAUUCCAGGAAAAAAAAGAUUGUCCCGAUCAACAAACUGCCGUUUUGUCAAAGCGUGUCUCCAUCGCUGACAGACUAUUUGUAAGACCAUCUCCCUUAUUUUGCUAAUAAAAAAACAUUUACAAACGA